AUGAUUCAGGUUUUUGCUUUGGUGGCUCAGAGUAUUAUGACUGUGAGUGUCCGGUAUGGACUCGGCACUCACCAGCAUUUGCUUGAACCCGAUAUGAUCGUGCAGACCAAUCUGUGGAGCUGGAUUGCUCAGGUUACCGCCAUUUUGGACUUGGUGAUUGCACGCAUUGCUGUCAUUGCCUUCCUGCUUACCAUCCAAAGUGGCACUCGAAGCAAGGGCCGGUACCUUCUGUACGCCGUGGGGGCAACCCAAGCAAUCAUCAAUGUGAUCGAGGUGGGCUUGAUCUUCAAGCAGUGCUCUCCGACAGCAAAGCUCUGGAAUGGCAGUCUACCAGGAACAUGCGACGGGGUUGUCCUCUGUUCCCAGGUCGGAUUUGCUCAAGGGAGUAAGUGA